GCGGCGGAGGUGGCAGAGAUAUGGGUGGCGGCAAUGGCGGACAGCAGGGCGGACCUGGCGGACAACAGGGCGGACCCGGGGGCCAGCAGGGCGGACCCGGCGGACAGCAGGGCGGACCCGUCGGACAGCAGGGCGGACCCGGCGGACAGCAGGGCGGACCCGGCGGACAGCCGCAGGGAGGUCAGCAGGGCGGAGAGCAGGGCGGACAGCAAGGCGGACCAGGCGGACCGCCGCAAUAGGGCAGACAGCAAGGCGGACAUCAAGGCGGACAGCAGGGCGGACAUCAAGGCGGACAGCAGGGCGGACAGCAGGGCGGACAACAGGGCGGACAACAGGGCGGACAGCAGGGCGGACAGCAGGGACCGCCGCAGGUCUUUACUGGCGGACAGCAGGGCGGAUAGCAAGGCAGACAAAGCGGACCGCCGCAACAAGGCGGGCAGCAGGGCGGACAGCAAGGCGGACAACAGGGUGGACAGCAGGGACAGCAGGUCUUCACUGGCGGACAGCAGGGCGGACAGCAAGGCGGACCAGGCGGACCGCCGCAACAGGGCGGGCAGCAGGGCGGCCAGCAAGGCGGACAGGAAGGCGGACAGCAGGGCGGGCAGCAGGGCGGGCAAUAGGGCGGGCAGCAGGGCGGACAGCAGGGCGGGCAGCGGGGCGGGCAGCAGGGCAGACAGCAGGGCGGACAGCAGGGUGGACAGCAGGGCGGACCUGGCGGACCGCUGCAACAGGGCGGGCAGCAGGGCGGACAGCAGGGCGGACAGCAAGGCGGGCAGCAAGGCGGGCAGCAGGGCGGACAGCAGGGCGGCCAGCAGGGACCGCCGCAAGUCUUCACUGGCGGACAACAGGGCGGACAGCAGGGCGGACCUGGCGGACCGCCGCAACAGGGCGGACAGCAGGGCGGACCUAGCGGACCGCCGCAGCAGGGCGGACAGCAGGGCGGCCAGCAGGGCGGUCAGCAGGGCGGAUAGAAGGGCGGACCUAACGGACCGCCGCAGCAGGGCGGACAGCAGGGCAGACAGCAGGGUGGUCAGCAGGACGGACAGUAGGGCGGACCGCAGGGCGGUCAGCAGGGUGGACAACAGGGCGGACAGCAGGGCGGACAACAGGGUGGUGAUCAGGGAGGACAGCAGGGGGGAUCUGGCGGGAUGCAGGGAGGACCUGGCAGUGCAAACUUUGCUACUACUCAGAGUGUGA